ACUUGAGAGAGAGAUUUACGAAUACUCUCGUCUGAUUGUUCUCUGUCUCUCUCUCAAAUUGGCUCGUCCUCUCCAUUAUAGUUCCUCUCAAGUACCACGCAAGCUGCUUCGGUCUCUCUCUCUCUCUCUCUCUCUCUCUCUCGCUGCUCUUGUUUCUAAAUUAUUUUUGCUAUCUUAAAUGGGUUCUGUUGAGAAGAGAUCAAAGGAUGUCAUGAGUGACAUCCCAACCUUCAGUGCUGAGAAUUUGCAGAACAAUUUGAAAGUCAUACAGAACAGCCGGACGUUUCUGUCUAUCAUAGCUGGUGUCCUUGCAGGAAUAAUUGGAUUCAAUGGCUUGACUGGUUUUGUAUUUUACUUUGUGGUUAUGUUGAUCACAUCUGUUGGGCUCAUGGCUAAGGCAGGGUUCUCAGCUGACUUGUACUUUGAUUCGUUGAAUCGGGUCCUUUUUGACGGCUUUCUUGGUGGCCUUAUGUCGUUUGUGCUGUUCUGGACAUUUGCAUAUGACUUGGUGCACAUAUUCUGAGGGAACUUCAGCAGCAAAUGAAGAUGGUGAAACAACACACAAGAGUGAGUUCGGGUUUGCAGCCUCUUCAAGUAACUGGAUAGAUUGGUCAAUCUUUCUCUGGUUCCCUUUUAAACAACAGAAUAUGAGUUCGUAUUACUUCUUUUUUUGUUUUAAACUUGAGAUCACAUCAACUAUGAAAAACUUUUAGAUUGAACAGUUUCAAGUAUUUUUACACUUUCCUCCAAUUUUCAAUGUUUCCAUUGUU